CUUCAUUCAUAACUCAAGUCACAUGUCGCCUUUGGAUAAUUAUUCAAUAUUACGCAACCAGGCGCUUUGGUAUGGAUCCCUCUCACCUCCCAUUAGACGAGCAACUCAUCCACCUCCGGAAAACCCUCUCCACAAAUGAAACGCUUGUCAAAGUCCUCUCCCUCGCGCGGACCCUCAAGCUCCCCAACUGGUACCUAGCUGGUGGCGCCGUCUCCCAAACGAUCUGGAACUCCGUCGCCGGCCUGGCCCCCGACACCGGCAUCUCCGACUACGACCUCGUCUACUUCGACGACUCGGAUGUCUCCUACGAGGCCGAGGACGCCGUGAUCCGCCGCGGCCGCGAGGUCUUUGCGGGGAUCCCCGUCGAGGUGGAGAUCCGGAACCAGGCGCGGGUGCACCUGUGGUACCCUGCCAAGUUCGGCGUGCCGUGCCCCCAGCACAGGUCUGUCGAGGCAGGCAUCGACACGUGGAUCUCGACGAGCGCGAUGAUCGGGGUGAGGCUCGAAGAGGAUGGCCGGUGGAAGGUGUAUGCGCCGAUUGGGCUCUCGGAGUAUUACAGGAUGGUGGUAAGACCAAACACAACGGUCGGAGUGAAAGAAGCGUAUGAGGAAAAAGCGAGACGGUGGUUAGGGAUCUGGGAGGGGUUGACUGUUAUGCCCUGGCCUGAAAACCAGACGCCUUUGAGGUUUAGGGAAAAAACGGAGAGUGAGCCAGUGUUUGAUCAUCAAAGCCGUACUUGACGAGUGUGACCCGAACGUACUCGUAUAUGUAAAUUAUCACGUGGGAUAGAACGCAUUGAUCGCUACCGGUAAUUGAUGAACUAGAACCCGCUUCUAUCAACAAUC